AUAGCCGUCUGGUUGGUGAGAUGAGAGAUAUUCCAAUCCAACACCAAAUUCAAAGAAUACUUACACUCCAGAUUUUUUGGUCUGUUUGAGGGCAAAUGCUCUUUAAAGACAACAAAGACUCCACAAUAUGGAUAGUGUCUGAUAUAGGAAGAAAUUCCCAGUUUUGGUCUGAACAUAAAUAUCCGAUUCUUGGCUGACACCACAUUUCCCUUUUGAAAGUUCAGAGCUUUUUGUCACUAAUAGCCUCAAAUUGAUUGACCCUUUUCUAAAAUUGGUAAAAUUGAUUACGAAACGGUGUUUCCCUCUACUAUUUGGCUCGGUUUCUCGACCUGUCAUUCUGUGUAGAGUGUCCCAAAAGCAGAAAUGGCGAUGGCGGCUUCAUCUUCCUCUUCUCUCCUCCUCAAGACGUUGACUUCUCGCCUCCGUAACCUCCGAAACUCGCCGGAGCUCUCCUCUCUCUCCUUCUCCGCCGCGGCUGCUCUCGAUUUGGUGCCGAAGAGUCAAAGACGGAGCUGUGGGAAUGUUUCUUCCCGUGAUCCUUCCGUUGUUUGCAAGGCGGCAUCUGUCAAGCCCGAGGCUGGAGUUGAAAGGCUCAAUAUUGCCGAGGAUAUCUCUCAGCUUAUUGGGAGAACACCGAUGAUGUACCUGAAUAACAUAGUGAAGGGCUGUGUUGCAAAUGUUGCAGUCAAGCUCGAAAUCAUGGAACCGUGUUGCAGCGUCAAGGAUAGGAUUGGAUACAGUAUGAUCAAUGAUGCUGAGCAAAAAGGACUUAUAACGCCUGGAAAGAGUGUUCUUGUGGAACCCACAAGUGGAAAUACAGGCAUAGCCCUUGCCUUUAUCGCUGCUGCAAGAGGCUAUAAACUUAUCUUGACGAUGCCGUCAUCCAUGAGUUUGGAGAGAAGGGUUCUUCUAAAGGCAUUUGGAGCUGAGCUUGUAUUAACAGACCCUGCAAAAGGCAUGACUGGAGCAAUCCAGAAGGCUGAACAGAUCUUGAAAGACACUCCCAAUUCCUACAUGCUCCAACAGUUUGACAAUCCUGCUAAUCCCAAGAUUCAUUACGAAACUACUGGUCCUGAGAUCUGGGAAGAUACUAAAGGCAAGGUAGAUAUAUUUGUUGCGGGGAUUGGAACUGGUGGAACGAUCAGUGGUGUUGGUCGAUACAUUAAAGAGAGAAAACCCGGAGUGAAGGUUAUUGGUAUAGAACCUACAGAAAGCGACGUACUUUCGGGUGGGAAACCUGGACCUCACAAGAUUCAAGGGAUCGGAGCAGGAUUUGCACCUAAGAAUUUGGAUCAGGAUAUUAUGGAUGAAGUCAUAACGAUAUCCAGUGAGGAAGCUAUUGAAACCGCAAAGCAAGUAGCUCUCAAAGAAGGCAUUUUGGUUGGUAUAUCUUCGGGAGCGGCAGCAGCUGCAGCAAUCAAGGUGGCAAAGAGAGCUGAGAAUGCCGGGAAACUCGUAGUCGUGGUGUUUCCAAGCUUUGGGGAACGUUACCUCUCCACUCCGCUUUUCCAAUCGAUCAGAGAAGAAUGUGAGAAGAUGCAGCCUGAACCCUAACCCCGAAAUCCCUGAAUCUUCUUCCUCUGCAGUUUCUUGACAAUGAAGGAACCUUCUGCUGCUUAGAACGCCUUUUGCUUUGUGUGCACGUAAUUGGUGUUUGGCAACAAGGCAUUUGAAUAAAAAAAACCUUUUGUUGUUUUUUCUUUUACCUCGUUCGAGUUUUAUGAAAUUCCCAUGUGAUUAAGAUGACCAUUGGUUUUGUAACCAUUUUUUUCCCAUAUAAGACUUAUAUUCUCUUUGUGAAUUCUAAUCAAUGGAGUUAUUCGCGCUAA